UCCAGGUCGAGGGUGACAGCCGGGCUGGGGGGUCCCCGGCUCGCUCUGGUCGGUGGUCGGGGCCCGCCCCUCACUAGGAGCAGGAGGCGCAGAGGACGAAGGAUUCCAGGCGCAGAGAUGGAGGAGGCUUCACCUUACUCUCUACUUGAUAUUUGCUUGAAUUAUCUGACUACUGACUUAGAGAAGUUUUGUACUGAAAGGCAUGAUGGGACAUUGUGCUUGCAAGAGCCUGGAAUAUUUCCCCAAGAGGUGGCUGACCGAUUGCUGCGGACAAUGGCAUUUAAUGGACUGUUGAAUGAGGCAACUGUGGGCAUUUUUCGAGGCAACCAGAUGCGCUUGAAAAGAGCUUGUAUCCGCAGAGCAAAAAUAUCUGCUGUGGCUUUUCGGAAAGCAUUUUGCCACCAUAAGCUGGUGGAACUUGAUGCUACAGGAGUGAAUGCAGACAUUACCAUCACAGACAUCAUCAGCGGACUUGGCAGCAAUAAAUGGAUCCAGCAAAACCUCCAAUGCCUUGUACUGAACUCAUUAACUCUUUCAUUGGAAGAUCCCUAUGAAAGGUGCUUCAGUCAGUUGACUGGUCUUCGUGCUUUGAGCAUUACCAAUGUUCUCUUUUACAAUGAAGAUCUAGCUGACGUGGCUUCGCUUCCGAAAUUAGAAAGCUUGGAUAUAUCCAACACCUCAGUCACUGAUAUAACUGCACUACUGGCCUGCAAGGAUCGCCUCAAGUCUCUUACCAUGCACCACCUGAAAUGCUUGAAAAUGACAACCACUCAGAUUUUGGAUGUCAUACGAGAGUUGAAAUAUCUGAAUCAUCUUGACAUUUCAGAUGAUAAGCAGUUCACGUCUGAUAUUGCACUACGCUUGUUAGAACAGAAAGACAUCUUAUCCAGUCUUGUAUCAUUGGACAUUUCAGGCAGGAAGCAUGUUACUGAUGAAGCUGUAGAAGCAUUUGUUCAACAGCGACCAUCCAUGCAGUUUGUGGGGCUGUUAGCGACUGAUGCUGGCUACUCAUUAUUUCUUACAGGAGAGGGACACUUAAAGGUAUCAGGAGAAGCAAAUGAAACUCAGAUUUCUGAAGCUCUGAGGCGUUACAGUGAGCGAGCCUUCUUUGUGAGGGAAGCACUCUUUCAUCUCUUCAGCCUUACUCAUAUUAUGGAAAAAACCAAGCCAGAAAUUCUAAAGCUGGUAGUUAUUGGAAUGAGAAACCACCCUCUCAAUUUGCCAGUGCAAUUAGCAGCGAGUGCCUGCGUAUUCAACUUGACCAAACAGGAGUUAGCUCUAGGCAUGCCUGUUAGGCUCUUGGCAGAUGUCACUCACUUACUCCUUAAAGCCAUGGAGCACUUUCCCAACCAUCAACAGCUGCAAAAGAACUGCCUGCUUUCAUUGUGCAGUGACAGGAUACUUCAGGAUGUUCCGUUUAACAGAUUUGAAGCAGCCAAACUUGUCAUGCAGUGGCUGUGUAACCAUGAGGAUCAGAAUAUGCAGAGGAUGGCAGUGGCUAUCAUCUCCAUUCUUGCUGCAAAGCUUUCCACAGAGCAAACAGCUCAACUUGGUGCAGAACUCUUCAUUGUUAGGCAACUACUUCAAAUUGUAAAGCAAAAAACAAAUCAGAAUGUAGUGGAUACUACUCUCAAGUUUACACUGAGCGCACUUUGGAAUCUCACCGAUGAGUCUCCAACCACAUGUCGGCACUUUAUUGAAAACCAAGGGCUGGAACUCUUCAUGAAAGUCUUAGAGUCUUUUCAAACAGAAUCUUCUAUCCAACAGAAAGUUCUUGGCCUUCUGAACAACAUAGCAGAGGUGAAGGAACUGCAUUCGGAACUGAUGUGGAAGGACUUCAUAGACCACAUCAGCAAGCUCUUGCAUAGUGUUGAGGUGGAGGUCAGUUACUUCGCUGCUGGGAUUAUUGCUCACUUGAUAUCACGAGGAGAACAAGCCUGGACGCUGAGUCGGAACCAGAGGACCUCUCUCCUAGAACAGCUGCAUUCUGCUAUUUUGAAAUGGCCUACGCCAGAAUGUGAAAUGGUGGCAUACAGGUCAUUCAACCCUUUUUUCCCCUUGCUUGGCUGCUUCACAACUCCUGGGGUACAGCUAUGGGCAGUAUGGGCAAUUCAGCACGUCUGCAGCAAAAACCCUGCCAGGUACUGCAGCAUGUUAAUUGAAGAAGGUGGACUGCAACAUUUAUACAACAUCAAGGAAAACAGCCAGACAGAUCCAGAUGUUCAACGAAUUGCUAUCUCUAUUUUAGAUAGUUUAGAAAAACAUAUUUUGCGGCAUGGGCGGCCACCUCCUUGUAGAAAACAGUCAGAAAAAUAGCAGAGAAUAGGCAUAUAACAUCCUCUAAUAAUCCCUUGCGAAGUGUCUGUAGUUGGAAUGACGUCUGUUCCAGUGAUCACCAUUAAAGCUUUUGCCAGCAUAAAAGCAGAUGCAAUGCACAGCUGGCAAACAGUGUCUUUAAUGGUCUCUUCAGAUAAGGGUUUUCAUGAGGAUCUAGGAUGCAUUCCUAAACUGGUUAUAUCUGGAGGAUCACUGCUGGCUGAGAAAAGUAGAGAUUGUACAGUUCAAAUGCACACUCCAAAUGAAACCUCUAAGAAUUUGUGAGUUGAGGUACAGAAAGCUAUUUCUGCUUGCAUCAUCCAUAGCUGUGUUUAAAUAGAUCAGUUCACCAACUCAGUGUUUGAAUAGAACUGUUUGUGCUUAUAAAGUUGACACUGUUCAGCUUACAACGUCAUGUGUUCACGCAUUAAAACACAACAGUUCAUGAGUAA